UCCAGAUAUCCCUCUACCCUUCUUCUAUGCCAGUAUGGGGGACUUUUAAGAGAUGGGAAGUUCUGCUUGUCUUCUCACCAUAGGCCCUUCAGCUGCAACCUUUGUGCAAGGAAAGGAAGAGGGGACGGCUGCCUGGGCAAGGGCCUGGCCCUCUUCUGACCAGGACAGCUCUCUGCCCGAGCGGCUGUGGAAGAGAAGGGGUUAAGCUGCCUAGGCUGGCUAGGUCCCAAAGAGGAACCUGUGGGUCCCCACCAAGAGCUGCCUGCCUGCCUCUCUGAGCAGCCUGUGCUCCCGCCGAGCACAGCCCUGGCUAAAGUUGGGUAACUCCCGUGUGGCCAGCUUGUGGUUUUUCUCCUUUCCUGAGUCUUUGUGUGUCUACUAAUGAUUAAUCCCUGCAGCCAUUUUUCCAGGGACAAAGAGGGAGGGCAGGCCAAGGCUGCCCGGGGGAGCCAGGGGACCCCACCCCUUAGGUUUCGGCAUCCCCUCCCUACUCCAAGAGCCCCACUGUUCACCUUUCCUGUGGGCAGCCACUGAAGGGGAAGGCAGGGGCACAACACAUUAGGACGACAAUCAGAGCUGGCUCCCGGAGCCUGGAAGUGGAUCCCUGGAGAGAGGAGGCAGCCAGGCGGAGCCUGGGCAGGCGGGCUCCAAACUCAGGUAGCCCCCUGCCCAUGAUGUACGAGAAAAGGUCUUACACAGGCUAUGGCCACCCCAGUUCCCGCUAUGACUAUCCACCUCCCUCUGGCCCUCUUGGCUCCUUCUACCUGGCAGAUGUCCCUCCCCAGCAUUUCUACCAGUGGCUCCCUCCAGGCAUCAUCCGCAUCCUGCAGGGAUUUGUGGUCUUCCUAUGUUUGACUAUCUUUGCCUGUGUGGCCUCCACAUUAGCCUGGGACUACUAUGGCAGUGGCAGCGGUCUCCUGGGCUAUGGGGGUGGCCUGGGAAGCUACUAUAAUGGCUACUACGGUGGCUACUAUGGUGGCUACUAUGGUGGCCUGACCAAUCCACGGGCGGCCAAUGGCUUUAUGAUCGCCAUGGCGGUCCUCUGCUUCCUGGUGUCCCUGGGGCUGCUCAUAGCCAGUCUGUCCAAAGCAUCGGGGGCCCGCUCUCGCCGCUUCUACCUGCUGGUCACCGUGCUCAGUGGCCUGCUAGCCUUUGUGAUGCUCGCCUCCAUUGUCUACGUAGUCGGGGUGAACCCCCGGGCAGGGCUGGGGUCCAGCUCGGGGAGUCUCUACUACAACCAGAUGUUGAUGCUCUGCAACCAAAUGAUGUCACCAGUGGCAGGGGUUGUGAACCAGUACCUUUACCACUACUGCAUGGUGGACCCCCAAGAGGCCGUGGCCAUUGUCUGUGGCUUCCUCAUCGUUGUCCUCCUCUGUGUCAUCUGUUAUUUUGCCCAGAAGACCCGUCACAAGAUCUGGAAGUAUGGGAAGCCCAACAUCUUCUGGGACAAACCCCUGGCUACAGUGGAGGGUCCCAAUGUGGAGGAGUGGGUGAAGAAUGUAUCUGGUGAUGCAGGGACUCAGGAUGAGACCGCCACAUUGGCAUACUCAGAAAAGCCCACCAGCCCCCUGACCUCUGCUUUCCUGCCAGCCCAGGACAAUGGCUACGUCCAUUCAACCCCUUCCAGCCCCAGUGCCCCACCUCCUCCAGAAGAAAAAGACAAAGGGCCUGAGAGGCUGCGCCCCACCAGGCGGGGCCAACGCCAAAGACAGCGUCCAACGGGCCUGGAAGAAGCCCAGUGUGAGACAGAUUAUACCACAGCGGCUGAAUCCGGUGAAGAGUGGGACCAGAAUGACUGGGCCAGCCUCUACCCAGCUAUCACCUCGGAUGCCAUCCGCCAGGCCUACAAGGCAGAGUUCAACAGUGACCUCCAGCGUUACAAAGCCCUGUGCUCUGAGAUGGACGACAUUGGAGCUCAGCUCACACAGCUCAGUCGUGAGCUGGACCACCUUCCAGAAGGCAGCUUACGCUACCAGGGUGUUGCGGAAGAAUACAACCGGCUGAAGGACUUGAAGAGGAGUCCAGAAUACCAAAGCAAGAAAAUGGAGACCCAGGACCUUCGAGACAAACUCUGCCAUAUCAAACGAAUGGUUGGAGCCUACGACAAGGUCCGGAGCUGAGGAGGAGGAGGUGGCAGCUCAGGCCCUCUGGGAGCCGGGUUCCUGGGCCCUCGGUCUAGGAACCGUCUUUACAUGCCAUGGAGAAGAUUGGGUGCCCUCCUCCACCCUGUGGUGGGGCACAAACCUCCCCAAGGUUUCCUAUGAACUGCUCUGCUGGGCCAGGAGCCAGGAGCACCUCAGUGCCCAGAAGAGAGGCAAGGGCAGCUAGAACGGGUGGCCCCAGCCCUGAGGAGGGUUGAGGGCAGCAGGUGGAGGCUGAGCAUCCUAAAGCUGAUUUCUACAUCAAUAAAGUCUUCUCUGCUCUGUG